UGUCGCCUUGGUGACGUCACUUUUAGCCGACUGUCCGCAGCUCAGCGCGGAAUUUAAAAACAUAUUUGUUAGAUAAAUUAUCUGGUUAGUGUAUCAAACUGACUGAAAUAUGCGAUAAUUAAGUGUUCGAAAUGGUGUUUAUAUACAAAGUUAGCGUAUAUAUGUUUUCCGCUAUUGUUGAAAACAAAUCGUGACGCAAUCAAACAGCACCCGCGUUGUUUGUGUCAUUUCAGACGGAGGUAACAUUUUAACUUCGUUAUCGACGUCAACAUUCUUCUUAAAAUGCUCAAAAACGGUAAUAGUUUCUGAUUCUGCGUAUACAUUUACUUAGUAACAAAUGUUUGCCUGAGUACGUUUGAAUGCGCUGAUAUUACUUGACAGGAAGAACUUUUUCGUUUUUUAGCCAACACGCUAACAUGAGAUCAACCGACGACAACAGCUCGUCCUGUUCUUCGGCCGUUUCUCCUGCGUCCUUCCUGCAGAGGACACUGCAGCGACUGUCGUCUACACAGAGUCUGACGUUAAAGGCAGAUGAGGAAGCUCCUGUCGCCGUCAUUACUCUUCAGAGGUAUUUAUGUGACCACAGUGAAGGACAACAGCAACACCCCCACAGCUACAGCUACGACAUGACUGUCACUGACGGGCUGUGGCGAGCCAAAUGCUACAUUCACCCUUGCUUAAACCACCUAGUUCACACAAACACCCUGAGGACCGGUGCUGACAUCAGCAUUACCCAGUGCUCUUAUGUGUACAACGAGAAGAGACUGGGACACGGCUUCAUCUGCAUUGAAAAGGUCAGAUGUUGUGCAGAGAACUCUGCCCUCCUGCCCCGGAUUAAAGGCGCCAGUUCACUGCCUCUGCUGGUCAAGCAGGGCAUGGAGAGGAGUGUGGAGCUGCAGAGUGAUGUUCCCCUUCAGGUGAGCCGCAAACACUACCUGCCUCUAUGGAACAAUGACGAUCCAGAGGGAGACAUCUGGACCUCAGCAUCCUCCUCAGCUGACACAGUACUGGACGUGUCCAAGAUUACUCUUCUUUCUAGUCUAGAGUCAAACUUCAGAAGCUCAUGGAAACCUUUGCCUCUCCUAGUGAAGAUAAUUCACAAAUCCAGAUUAAGAUAUUAUGGCAAGUUUGGGCUCAAGAUUGAUUUUCCUUACCAGGCCUACUUUGAAGUUGCAGACCAGAGCGGCACAAUGUCCCUUGUGCUUUGGAAUGAACUCUGUCCAGAGUUUUACCAGAGACUGAAUGUGGGCACAGUGUUGUACCUUCAGAACUACACCCUGAAGCAGAGUUAUUUAAACCGCUCACGCCCACAAAUGGACCAUCACAGAAUCAAGGCUUUUACCUCUGUCGAAAUCUGCCUGAACCCUCGCAACCCAGCUUCAAUCAUCACUAUAGUGUCACAGAAGCGUGUGCUGCCUCAGUGGGGACUGCCCAAGGUUUCCUACCAGUUCACCACCAGGUCACAGCUGGAAGAACUAUCCAACAAUUCUGCAUGUGAUGUUAUUGGACUGGUAACAUUCGUUGGCCGUGUUGAAAGAGUCAAGAGUAAAGGGAACAUGGCUGUGGAAAAAUAUUGGACGUAUCGUUGGGUCCAUGCUGUGGAUGGUACAUCUCAUCAUCCCUUUAUCCUAGAGAUUUUUUCCUCUUCUCAACCAGAAAUCUUCAAUUCUAUUUGCCCAAUGACCUACCUGGUUUGCACGCAGAUGAGGGUUUGUCCUGUCGAAGGCUCAUUGCCUUACCUUACAAGUAGCUGCGAGACAGAGAUGUUCAUCUCAGGUUACCACAGAGGUCAACCGUAUGUAAAUGAACCCAGAGUAAAGAGCUUCAUCCAGUGGACCAAGACACUGAAAGACAAUGUUGUCCUACAAAAGACGGCUGUUGGUGGCCAUUACUGCUACCCUCACCCCCCCAGGACUUUCACACAGUCAACGGCUGAUGCCUCAGCUCAAGUGCCUCUGGUUUCUGCGGCUGAUUUGAAGACAGAGUUAGAGACGCUGCAAUAUAGGGAACACAAAAAACUGGCAAUUCAAGGACAGAUCACAUCAGUGUCGUACAUGAAAACACCAAAGACCACACAGUCGCAAGAAACGCAAGAGAGAGAGCUGUCAGACAUUUCUACUGUUAUGUGUGUAGCAGACACACACAAUCAGCCCUCAGCAGCCGAGCAGACUGAGAAAAUCUCACCUAGCAGAAGGAAAAGAAGAAUUCAUACCAGGAAAAGCACGCAGUCCUUGGAGUUCAGUGGCACAACAUCGAAAAGAAGAGCGCAACAAAAAAACACAGAACACGGAGGAGAGCCGGAAGACAAAGACUCUGAAUCAGAAGAAGCUCAGGAUGUGGUGCAUAGUCCACAGUCACAAAAUCCAAAUGAGGGUUCUGACAUUUUGUCUUGGGAAAGCAGCAGCUGGCCAAAGCAAAGAGAGGAAGUGUCUGAACAUUUGAGUCAGGGUGGACUCUGUGAGGACAGUGUCUCUCAGAGGUUCACAACUGAUGAGAAGAACAUCCUGCUGCGCUGGAGUAACCUUCAGUCAAUGUGGUGGACACCAGAGCAAACCACUGACACCAUCGCACCUGUGUUCUGUCCAGGAUUCUACCAAGUGACAAUAUUAGGCAUUAAUAAGCAGAUAGCUGUUGAUGCUGCGUAUUUUCCUGUGGUGAGUGCUGAUGAGCCCAGGGCUAUAGGACUUCCCCAGGAUCCCCAUGGCAACACAAUGCUGUCGUGCCUUUCUUCAGGCUUCCUCUGCCCUCUCAGAGACGACCACAGUGAUUCAGCUGCUCCUGAGCCAGAGGACAUCUUGGCGACCGCCAGCGAGCUGGAGGACACGCACAUCGUGUGUGUCCUUGAUCUUUGCCAUCUAGGAGGAGAUAAGGUGGAAGCCCUGAUCAACAAGGUUUACAGAGUGACAGAUGUUUCUGUCAGCUAACGGCUACACCUCCAGAGAGAAUGACACAUCAUCAGCGUACAUGGAACAUGUCAGAUGGAGAGAAAGAGCAAAAGAAACCGAGUGCUCUUGUCUUUUCAUAUUUGUAAAUUCUGAUUACUUGUCACACAAACCUUAGAGUAGUGCUUUGAGAUUGGAAGGUAGAGAAAUGGUUAAAUAAACUCUAUUUUCUAACCGUCUGAACAACCGUAUGUUCACUGUGCCUUACAGAUGUUGCACAGGCUUAAGCCCGCGAUUUACAGAUGUAUCGUGGACCCUGGUAAACACGCGCCUUAACAGGUUUACCACAAACAGGAAAUAUUAAAUGCAGCCUAGGAGUUUACAAACUUAAAUUUACAGUCACAAAAAGGCUGUUUAACCGUGAGAUGAAGUGGAAAAUGUCUUAUUAAGAGAUCAUAGACUUAAGCAGUCAUAGAAUCUAUUGUUAAGGGACUAAAAUCAGUUCAUCCUUGUGUGCCUGUUGGCAGCUAAGUUUACAGAGACUCUGUGUCAUUACAACCACACUUUAAAAAUCCUGAACUAACCCUUUAAGAACACACAGCUGAGAAACAUACUCAGAAUAACAUGUGUGUUUAAAAUAUUCUUUUUCAAAUCAAUAUCCUGGUUGAUUUAUAAAUAUUUCAGUAUAGAAUAAUAUCAAGGUAUAUUUUAGAAUGUAAUUUUAGAUUUCUUAAAAAAAUAUUAAUUUAGUUUUAAAGCUUAGUUUGGUAAUUAAUAGAGUGAAAGAAACACGCGAGAAGUGACUGUACAAACACCAAAUUAAGCACAAAAAAUACCUUCUUUUAAUAAGACACUUCAUUAUCUGUUACAAAAACACUCUCAUUUUAAAAUCAUGAAACAUACAUAUUUCAUCUUUUGGACAUAUAAAUUAAACAAUUAUGUAGUCUAGACCUUUUUUUUAUACAAUAUAUUCAAUGUUUUUUGUAUGAAACAACAAUGGGCCGAGUGUGUGUACAAAUGUGAUUAAACUCACACACCUUCAAAAACAGACACUUGAUGCUUAAAUAAAAAAAAAACAUGACAAAAAUGCAUCAACUUCUGUUUUCUUUCAUGACUCAGCGAUAACAAAACACUGUAGUGACUAAGCAGAUGGAUUAUUUACAACAACAAUAACAACAGAAAGCACAUCAAAUGGCGCUCCAUAGAUCCAAACAUUCUGCUGAUUCGUCCACAGCUGGAGCUCAACACUCUCCAUGUCAUGAAGAUGAUAAAGAUUCAAGAAGGAAUUCUUAUUACCACUGAGUGAUAAUCUGCUCAAUCACUUUUGCAAUAAUGUCUUCAGUCAAAAACAUUUAAAUAAAUGUCAUAAUAAAGCAAGUCAGUAUUGUCACCUGUGGCAUCUUA